GACAGGUCUCCAUUGGGAGAAGAGUUUCUCCGCUGAAAGUUCAUAGCAACUCCUGCUCCGAAACUCGAAUUAUGUAGAAAAACCUAAGAAAUGACAAUUCUGAGGAUGAUUUUCACAGCAUUUGGAAAAUGGUUCUCAAGAGAGGGGAUGAAUGAGUGUGGACUGCUGAGCCACAGAGCACUGCUGUAUUCUCCUAUGGUCACCAUAUUUUCUGAGUGAAACCAGUCACCAAUCAUUGGAUGAAGCUAAAAUGGGCUCCCACAAGCGAAGCUUUCAAUGCUUUGAUGCAAUCCUGGAUGAUUCAUCCCACAAGCCUUCUUUGUCCUAUGGACGCCGGGCUGAAGCGGCACACUUGGGCUCUCCUGAUUCGAAUAGAACAGUACUGCUAGAGGACUGCAGAUGCUAUCUGUGUGCUGAUCAACAGCAGGCCACAUCGAUGACCUCAGGAGCUUACAUGACCCCACGGUAUCACGUCCAGACACAUCCACACGCUCACCAGUAUGUGACCAGGAGACCCACUCGACCAGAGGAAGCUUCUGGACAGGUUGAUGAUCAUCACUAUCACCAUCACAGACACUCCAGGAGAAUUGUACUUGUGAAGAACAGUGACCCGACAUUCAGGAAGACCAUUGUGCUGCAUCGCAGGAGUUUGCGCAGUUUGGGACUCUUCAUGGACGAGGUUUCUGAACUCAUGCAGUGUCAUAUCAGAAAGCUCUACACACUGGAAGGCCGCAAGGUUGACUGCGUGCAAAGUCUGCUGCAGUGUGCUGGUAUUUUGGUCUGUGUUGGACGUGAGCCUUUCCACCCACUUCUGUUGGACAGCUUCAGAAAAAACUCAAAUGACAAACUUCCAAAGUUGAACCUAAAGUCACGCUCUAGUGUCUGCAGUGAUGAAAAGGGAGCCAAGAAAAAUGUCAACUUUGGACUUGAAACAAAGCGAAGCGUCAUUCAUCCGAGAUGUGAUUCAAGCAACAGAACGGCAAGGCUGGUGAUGUCAUCUGAAAAGUUAUUUCCAAAUGGACUCAACUCAUUGCCACCAGGGCACACAGGCACUUGUCCUCGUGUAAGAGAAACUAUGAUGGAUGAUGACAUUGAAAAGCGAGUUUUAGUUAACAAAGAUGGAAGCCUGUCGAUGGAGAUGAAAGUGCGCUUCCGACUGUUACACGACGAGACAUUGCAAUGGUCAACAGAGAUCAAGAAGUCAACAAACACUUUGAAUGAGUCUCAUAUAUUGCAUGACGAUGCAUGUUGCCUAUCUCACUGUAGUGGAGAAAGCUGCUCAGAAGUAGACUCUCUCUCUGCUGGUGAGGUAGAAGAAACAUACAAUACAAAACAUGACCGACGACAUUAUGAAGAGCCUCAUUGCCAGCACUGCUGUGCUCAAUGCCAAGAGUAUGACAUUUGGAAGAAUCCGAUCGUUCCUGAUCAAACAGCCGUAAGACACAUCAGAUCCUCAAGCUCAAGUGCAUCUUCACGCAGGAUAGUACGCAAAAAGGCAUCGACCGACAGCUUGCGCACAAUGUCCAGUGAGGAAUACACAGAGCACGUAGUUGAAAAGGCAACCUGCAUUGAACAGACGUUUGGGCAGCAAGGUGACACCACAGUUAAACACUGUACCAUCAACUGUUGCUGCAGACAAAGUCAAGUAUGCUCAACAUCCACCAAAACAAAGAGCACAGGUUCCACAGAAGAAAAGAUUGAAUUGUCUGAGAAGAAUCAGGCAUCUGAAAAUAAAAAGAAUAAACCUGAUAACUCUCAAGACUCACAAAAAGAGCAAUUAAGUGUACAGAUUACUCAACCCAUAGCAGAAGAUGAAAGGCCUUUGUCCGCUGUGAGCUCUUCCUCACAGAUUUUAGCAUCAUUAAAGGAAGAUCAAGAUGAAGAAGAUUUAGACCUCCUUCCAAGCAUCUCAAGGGCAUCCCAUGAUGGUGGCCAAAAAGAGGAUGAGGACAGCAAAGAUCCUGAAUCAAACUCAUGCUGUAGAUCUUCUGUAUCUAUGACAAAUUUGUCACCAAGACCACCAAGCAAAGAUUCAUCAUUGGGACUGUCCAAAACGUGCAGAAAGUUUACCCCUACUAAAAUAGAUGUGGAUGAAAAUGAUCAAAAUGUCAGGACUGCAAGUGAAAAUUCUUUUCUGUCCAAAACUCUAUCUGGACCCAAAAAUUGUAAAUGUUCAGAUUCAAAAUAUGCAGAAAAUAGCACAUUUAUGGCAAAUGAUCAACCAGAAGAAAGCAGUGAACCCAAAACUGACGUGCAUAAUGCAGAAAUAGAAGACAGCACGAUAUCAGCCAAACAUAAAACUUCUACACAAUCCCCAUCCAAGUCAUCAACCUGCUCUCAAAAUGAUACUGCUACUGAGACUUUGAAUGAUGAACACAAGGACAUAAUAGAGGAGCGAUCAUCAAGUGCUGUAUCCAUUAAAUCAAGUACAUCCGGAAAAUCAAGCAAAUCCAAUGUUGCAGCAGCACUUGAACAGGAAUGUACAGCUGUACAUGAUGCGAGGGCACCUAGUGCCACGUCAAUAAAGUCUCAGAAAUCUGAGAACUCAAAAUCUGAAAAUGUACCAGAUAACCAGGAGACUGAAGUUAGAACAUUAAGUGCCAUGUCUGUUAAAUCAAAUACAUCUGUAAAAUCUAAAAGAUCCAAAAUAUUGGAAAAUGAGUGUGACGAGCUUGCCAAAUUACAGAACGAUGUUGAGGAUAGGACAGUGAGUGCUAAGUCAAGAAAAUCGAACAUUUCUGCAAAAUCUAGUCAAUCUAAAGAACCACAGUCUGAAGAAACUGAAGAGGAGCAAAUACAAGAGAGAGCUUUAAAUGUUAAAUCUGCAAUGUCUGAAAUCGAAGAACUGAUUAAUUCUGAGUUCAAAGAUCAAAUCAAGGAGAGGGCUUCCAGUGCCAUUUCAUUCAAAUCAAAUACUUCUGAUAGAUCCAUUGAGCUAAGUGAGCUUGAAAACAAUGAUCAAGACAGAGCCUCUAGCAGAGUUUCUUAUAUGUCAGAAAAAUCUAAGUCUGAUAUUUCAGACUUAGUAUGGGAACAAGAAGGAGAGUUGCAAGAGCGAACUGCAAGUCCAAAGUCAGCCACAUCGGUGCAGUCAUUCAAAUCAACACUUUCAGAUGAUCAAUCAGCAAUGACUGUGCAACCACAUGAUGGAGAGGCAAAAGAAAGAGCACAGACUGUCAUGUCUACUAAAUCUAAUGCUUCUGUGAAAGUAGAUGCACCUGAAGCAGCUUCCGAGGUUGAUAAUAUAUUGCCAGGGGAGAGAUCCCCAAGCUCCUUGUCAUCAAAAUCAAAUAUUUCUGUAACAUCCAAAGUUUCGGAGGGAGACCAAGAACAGAUCAAAGCAAAGGAUAAAGGGUACAUUCAGGAAAGGGCAUUAAGUGCUUUAUCAGCAAAGUCUACUACAUCUUCAAGAUCAAGAAAAUCUGAGACUACACCAAUAGCCAUUGAAAGAUUGGGAGAAGUAAUUAUGGCACAAUCUCCUAGUGCUAUGUCAAGCAAAUCAAACGCUUCUUUAAAGUCAAAUAAGUCCAAAGAAUCAUCUGCAGCCCCUGAGGAACACGCUGGGAGGGAAGAAACAUGCAAAAGAGCCUCCAGUGCUAUGUCUACUAAAUCUGAAGUUUCCACAGAUGUAGAGGAACAAGAACAGAGAGCAUCAAGUGCAAUUUCAGCUAAGUCAAAUGUUUAUGCAACAUCUGAUGGAUCCAAAAUGUCAGAAGUUGCAGAAGAUGAGCAUACUAAAUUACAAAACCAAGAUGAUGACAAAUUGUCUGUAGCAUCACACAGCUCUGAAACAUUAGAUACAUCAAAUGAAUGUGACACGGUAGAGAUAGAGGAUAGAACACCAAGUGCACUAUCAACAAAAUCUAAAACUUCUGUAAAAUCUGAGAAAUCCAAAGCAUCAGCUCCCAAAGCUGUUAAUAUUGUGGCUGAAGAACACAGAGCUGAUUUAAGACCUUCAAGUGCAAUGUCCUCUAAAUCUAACGUAUCUGCAAAAUCAGUUAAAUCAGUGGUCUCAGAAAUGGUUGUAGAAGAACCAGAAAAAGAGGACCAAAAAGAAAUUCGAGCUCAAAGUGCAUUGUCAGCAAUAUCUAAUCAGUCUGGAAUCUCAUUUGUAGUAACUAAUGAAGAUGAUGAUGCAGAAGAUGGAGCUCUUAGUGCCACGUCAUGCAAAUCCAAUGCAUCUAAAAGAAGAAAAAAAUCGAACAAUACAAAAUUAGAAACAGAGAAACGAGCUCAGAGUGCACUCUCUGCAAAAUCCAGUGUUUCUGCAAAGUCUUCUGCAACAGAUGUUGAAGCUGAUGACAAGGAGAAAGGGGACAGAGCACUAAGUGCUAUGUCAGGAACAUCUCACAUUUCUAUAAAAUCCAGUGUCUCUGCAAAGUCCAAAGCAUCAAAAAUUUCAGAAGUGUCUCAACGAGAGCCUGAUGAUACAAAAUGUGAAGAAAAAGCACCAAGUGUCAUUUCCAUUAAAUCCAGUGUUUCAUCGAGAUCAAAUAAGUCGGAGCAUUCAGAACUUGUGCAUGAUGACCCUGAUGAAGAUGAGUUACAUAAAGAUAGACCAUCAAGUGCAAUUUCAUCUAUCUCUAAUAUUUCUACAAAAUCAAUAUCAGUAAUAUCUGAAACCACAGUUGAUGGAGAGAUUAAAGAAAGAGCUCUAAGUGCAAUGUCUGCAAAAUCGAGUUUCUCUGUGAGAACCAGUACAUCAAAAGUUUCUGAAAAGAUGAUAGAUCAACCAAAUGAACAAAAUGUGGAGAGGGCAUCAAGUUCUAGGUCAUUAAGAUCUAAUGUCUCUGGAAGAUCUAAAAAAUCGAAUGUUCCUGAAGCUAGUCUAGGGGAUGCUGUCAAUAAAGAUGAAGACAAGGAGGAAAGAGCAAGGAACAGAGUACAAAGUAUAGAAUCAGUUACAUCUGCAAAAUCAAAGUGGUCAAGCAUUUCAGGUAUCACUCCUGAUGAAACUGACAUCUUUACAGGUAAUGAAGAUGUUUGCCCUGUUAAGUCAAGCAAUGUGCGCAUCACAUCAAAUCCUUCCACAAAGUCAAAAAACUCUCUUUUCUCAGAAGCAGAAGAGGCUGAUGAUCGAUCAACAAGUGCUUUAUCAAGUGCAUCUAAAUUGUCUAAAGCAGAUGUGGAAAAAAAAUCUAAUAGAUCACAGAGCCAGUUGUCAGUUAGGUCAAACAUAUCUGCAAGGUCCAAGAAGUCAAAAGUUUCUGAGAGUGACGACCAUGGAAAAACACCUACAAAUAACCUGUAUAAGGAACUUAACAGAGAGAAAAGUCCAGUGUCAGGUAACUCAAAAGUAUCUCAAUCAGCAAACUCAAAUAAACCUGUAGCAACAGACAGGUCAAGUUCAAUGGUGUCAUCUGAAAGAGGCUCUGACCCUGAAGAGCUACCUGUGAGUCCUCGAUCUACAAAGUCAGCAAAGUCUAAAAGAAGUUCAGGUGGUAACAGUUUUAAGAGAGUUUUAACACCAACAAGCACCUCAGUAUCUAUUGGGAUUGUAGAUGAAUGUGAGGCUGAUGAUGUCGAGAAAAUGGAUGAAGGUGUUGUUGCAGCAAACUCUAGAACAUCUUCUUCAUCAAAGACAGAAAUAUGUUCUACAUCAGACAAAGAAUAUCCAGUACAAAUGAAAAAUGACAGAGCAACACAAACACAGGAGGAAAGACUUGAAAAAUUCACAUUGGUGAAAUCAAAUAUCUCUGAUAAAUCCGAAGUAACAAGCAAUGUAUCUUCCACAACAAAGAAUCUGAAGACCUCAUCCGGUAGUUACCUAUCAGCCAAACAUUCUGUGAGGCAAAGCUCUCCAACGCAAGAAAUUCGGUCAUCUAGUAAAGCAUCCAAUGUGUCUAUACAAUCAUAUAGAGCAAUGUCAGCUGAAAGUCCUGCAAUAACAGGUCAAGGAGCAGCAGAAAGUACAGAUGUUAGCCAUACAUCUCAGAGUACCUGUUCAAAACGCAGCUCUACGCAAAAUUUUGGAAAAAAGUCAACAGGACAAGAAGCACAUAUUUCACCUGUUUCAAGUGCCUUAGCUGUCUCAAACUCUAAAAAGUCUAGAAAAAAUGACAGAAAUACUGCAGACAUUAUUAACAGACCAAAGAGUAAAUCUUCUCAUUUGCAAGUAAAUUAUCACAAGACAAAUGUGGAAUCCACAGCAAGCAUCGGGGAUAGGCAUUCCAGAAGAAGCAAUAAAUCAUGCAAGUCUACACAGACAAAUGAAGAGGAUAUGGUUAGAUGUCGUUCAGCAACUUUGUCAGUUUCAUCAGGGUACAGACUUAGUCCCAGCCCACCAAAAUCACCCAAAAAAUCCAAAAAACCUGCUAUGCUACUUGUAGGCUCAAACGACAUUCCUGGCAAAAGAGAAGAAAGUACUGACUAUCUGAAUACAGCAGUAGAUGGCCUACUUGACACAACAGGAAACAUUCCAAAUGUCAGUGACAACAAGAAUGAAAAAAGUUGCAAAUGCAGAAAACGGGUAGGAAGCAGUUCUUCAUGUCAUAAGACAAAUAAUGACAUAUCUGAUUUGAGUCCUUCUUGCUUGCCAAAUGCCUCUCCAACUGAAGUGGUGAAUGAAUGGCUAAGAAAAAUUCCAUCAGACACUGCCUUGUGUGAUCUGGGGGAUGAAUUUCAUGAAAACUUUGAUGCAGUAGAGCCACUUUGCACAUCACAUGUGCCUUCAGGAGAUGAAAAUGAUCAUGAAAGUUUGGAGAAAUAUGAUGUGAGCAAGCUUGAUCAACAAAAUGAUGUGGGGGGUUCUGAUUUGGUAGGUGAAGAAGAAGCUAUUGACAAAAAAUCUCAAGAGAAUAAUUCAGUUCAUAAAGAUGAGUGCCAGUGUAUUCAGCCUCAAGCAGGAAAUGAAACCAAAGUUUUGGAUUCCUCAGUCCUGGUGAUGAAAGUCUUGCUAAAUCCCAAAAUUGACAGAUGCAACAGCUUACCAGAAGUGUCUCCUGCAUAUGGACAUAAACUCAGCACAUCAGCACAAGGUCUUCUAGAUUGUCUGGCAAAACUCCAAUUGUUAGACUUUGGCCCUGGGGAUGAAAAUGGUAAAAAUGCAAAAUACCAAGAGCUUGUGAGCAUGCUCAAGUCCCUUUGGCUUUGUGACCCAGAAGAGAGUGAAAUCAUUUUUGGGACAAGAAAAACUGUAAAUCACCAGCCUCUGGAUGAGGAAUUCAAAGCUAGGUCAUCUUCUGGUGUAGAUGUUAACAGUGGCUCAACAAGUUCUGGGAAAAGCUGUGUUUUGGAUGGGGCCCAAGCGCAUGCCAACACAGAAUGUGAAGUCCUUGAUAUGCUCACAAGGGUUCAGGAAGUUGAUGAAAUGGUAGAAGAAGAACUUUCAGAAAGACAAAAAUCAAUAUGUGAUUCAGCCACUCCAGAUAUAGCAAGUCGGGUUCAAUGGACCCCUGAAAUUGGGGCAAUGGGUACAGUUGAAGAGAAGCUAAAAGAGGAUGUUGCAGGCUCUGAUGAGACGAUCAGGAAUAAUGAUAGUCCAAGGGAACUCAUGGAAACACCUCUCUCAUCUAACAAGAGCUCUGGAAAAAAUCCCCAAAAUAAAGAGACUGAAACUGAUCAUCAAGAGGAUACAAGUUCAGGCAGCCCUCCAGCACCACAAAGACCACAAUUAUCAAAAAGGGUUUCUCAAGACCCUGAUCCUAUUUGGGUGCUACAUUUGCUAAAUAAAUUAGAAAAGCAGUUUAUGACACAUUACAUCAAAGCAAUGGAUGAGUUCAAAGUCCGCUGGAAUCUGGAUGACAGUGAGCAGCUUGAUAUCAUGAUAUGUGAGUUACAAGAUGAGGUUCGCAGGCGUAUACAAUCCAGCAUAGAUAAGGAGAUAAAAAAAAUUCAAGGCAGAGCAGGAAGACCAAGACCACCAAAAGAGGCGAUGUCACGUGAAUCAACCGUUCAAACGGAGCAAAGGCGGAGGCGUCUGAAAGUGAUGCGCAACCAAUCAAUUGAUCCGCAACCUGCAAAUAGUGAAGGUGAUUACACAGCGACAGGAACAGAUUUUAGUGAUCAACGCAGUGAUGAUGAAUAUUGCCCCUGUGACACAUGUUUAAAAAGGAAAAUGGCAUCAAAGCCUGUUUUACCAGAGGAAAUGUUGAAUACUGCACCUGUGAUGAUAGACUUUGAUUUAAGAAGAAUUCUCCAGAGUAAGAAAUCUGCUCCACAUAAUGAAAAGACGGAUAAGAUUGCCAUUGAAUGCAAUGUCAGUAAAAUAGAUUAUCCAGAAGAAAAUGUUGCUCUUGAUGUUGUCAAGGAAGAGGAUGAGACAGGAGAAGCAGAUAGGGAAAAUCUUGACACUAAAAUCUUACACAAAGAACAAAACUAUUUACAUGCUUCCACUGCCCGAGGAAUUAAGAAAGAAGUUGAUACGGGAGAAAGUGAAAUUAGUGAUGGUGAGAAGGAAGAAGAUGCCUCCAGUACUUCUGAAGAGUAUGCUUCAGAGAAAGAAUCAAAUACAUCUAAACAUUUAAAGAGAGAUAUGCAUGAAGACGUUGAAGUAAUGUCCUGCACAGAAGUGGUUGAAGAAAUUGCUGAUAUAUCUGAUAACAUGAUGGCUGAAAAUCAUAAUGAAUCUGAAAAAGAGGAAAAGGAUGAUGAUGAAGCUGAUUCUGAUGUAAUAGCAGCCAAUGAUAGUUUACCUGGUUCAAAGAUAAAUGAUGAAUCUGAUAAAGGAAUGGAAAAUGAAAAGAAGAAGAAAGCUAAGAAGAAGGCAAGUGAAGAGCACACUGAGGAAGAUGGACAUACUGUUGAUGAAUCAGAAGAGGAGGGUAAAACAUCUGAUGAUGAAAUUUCUGAAAAAGGACAUAAAGCGAAAGUAGAAUCUGUUGAAGAUGGUGAGACAACAAGUGAAAAAUCAAUAGAUGUUGGCAAAACUGCAGAAGAAAAAGCAAAAAAAGAGAGUGAAACAACUGAUGAAACUGAAGAUGCUAAGAUGGCUAGUAAUGACACAGAAGAGUGUGAAAAUGAAAUUGAAGAUGAGCAAACUGCUGAAGCUGAGAUCACAAAAAAGAGUGAGACAGCUGAAAGUAAAACUUCGGAUGAGGGUGAGACAACUGAUGGUGAAACUGCAGAAAAGGAUGAGACAGCUGAAGAUAAAACUGUAGAUGAGGGUGAGACAGCUGAAGAUGAAACUGAAGAUGAGGGUGAGACAGCUGAAAAUGAAACUUCGGAUGAGGGUGAGACAACUGAUGGUGAAACUGCAGAAAAGGGUGAGAUAGCUGAAGAUAAAACUGUAGAUGAGGGUGAGACAGCUGAAGAUGAAACUGCAGAUGAGGGUGAGACAGCUGAAGAUGAAACUGCAGAUGAGGGUGAGACAGCUGAAGAUAAAACUGUAGAUGAGGGUGAGACAGCUGAAAAUGAAACUUCGGAUGGGGGUGAGACAGCUGAUGGUGAAACUGCAGACGAGGGUGAGAAAGCUGAAAAUGAAACUUCGGAUGAGGGUGAGACAACUGAUGGUGAAACUGCAGAAAAGGGUGAGAUAGCUGAAGAUAAAACUGUAGAUGAGGGUGAGACAGCUGAAGAUGAAACUGCAGAUGAGGGUGAGACAGCUGAAGAUAAAACUGUAGAUAAGGGCAAGACAGCUGAAGGUAAAAUUGCAAAUGAGGGUGAGAUAACUGAAGAUGAUACUACAGAUGGGAGUGAGACAGCUGAAGAUGAAACUGUAGAUGAAACAGCGGAAGAUGAAACUGCAGAUAAAGGUAAGACAGCUGAGGACAAAACUCCAGAGGUCAGCGAGACAGCUAAAACAAGUGAAGAGCAGACAUCUGAUGAUGACCCUGUCGAAGAGGGUGAGACAGUUGAUGAGGACACAUCAGAAGAUGGGCAGAAUCCUCAAGGUAAUGCAAGAGAGAAUGAGACAGCUGAAGAUAAGACUGUAGAAGAUAGUGAGACAUCUGAUAAUGAAAUAGCAGAUGAAGAGCAGACUGCUGAAGCUGAAAUUGUUGGGGAUGAUGAAACGGCUAAUAAUGAAAGAACGGAAAAGUGUGAUAUAGCUGAAAAUGAAACUUCAGAAGAUGAACAAAUUGCUAAAGUGGGAACUGCUGGAGAGGAUGAGGUAACUGAAGAUGAACCUGCAGAAAGUAGACAAACUGCUGAAGAUGAAAGUGCAGAAGAGGGACAAACUUCUGAAGAUGAGACAGCUAAUGAUGACACUCAAGAAGACUGUGAGACAUCUGUAAAAGCAUCUGCAAAGGAGGAAAAUACUGAAGGAGAGAGUGAUACGGCUGAUGAUGAAACAGCAGGAGCUGAACAAACUGCUGAAGAUGAAACUGUAAGAGAGAGUGAGAUCACUGAUGAUGAAAAGGCAACAGAUGGGCAGCCUGCUGAGACAGAAUCUGACAAACAAAGUAAUAGAUCUGAUGAUGAAACAGGCAGAAGAUGAGCAGAAUGUUGAAACUGAUACAGAAGAGAAUGAGACUUCUGAUAAUGAAACAACAGAUGAAGUUGACGCUGCUGUUAAAGAUGGACAAACUAAAGCUGAAACAGCAGAAGAGAGUGAGG